AUUAAAGCACUCAAAGACAGUCGUUUCUGUCUGCCUGUCUCUUUCUCAGUUUCCUUAAUAUGAAUCUCGUGCCUCUUUUAAGACCCUCCUCUCUCUCCCCCUCCUAUUUAGAGAAAAACCCACUCCCGCCUUGUCAUUUACGUCGCUCAUCCAACUUCCCCAUCAUUCCCCCAGACAAGCAAUUUAGCAAACAGUUUGUGAGCAUGUCCAGGGCAACGGUUGAGCUCGAUUUCUUCGGCAUGGAUCAGAAUCGUGACCCUUCCUCCUCCUCCAAAUCCCAGUUCCAGAAGUUCCUUCAUCGCCAGAGAAGCUUCAGGGGCAUUCAGAAUGCCAUGACCAAGAUCAAGCCUCAGGUUCUCAAAUCUGUGAUUUCGUCUGGUUCAGUCCUUCUCAACCACCACCACGACGGCUCUGAAACUCCAAUGGCUUCAAGGAAAUCCUUCUCCUUGCCGUCCAGCCCCAAAGCAGAGCAAAUCCCAUUUCCCUCUUUGCCUGUUUACAUUCCCACCGGCACCUCUGUCUCUUCUUUCAUGCCUGCUCCCGCUGCUGCUGCUGCUGCUUCAGAAAAGCUUGAAGAAACAACAACGCCUCUGACGAUUUUCUACAACGGAACCGUCUCUGUUUUCGAUGUCCCUCGCGACAAGGCUGGGAGCAUAUUGAAGCUUGCCUUGGAAGGAAACUCGGCCAAAGCUGCAGAAUCAGCGUUAGCUGUGGAUUCAAAACUUGUUCUUCACUCAAGCGACCAGCAACAGCUUCUGGAUCCUCUUGACGGAGAUUUACCAAUUGCCCGCAGAAAGUCACUGCAGAGGUUCCUAGAGAAGCGCAAAGAAAGGUUGAAUUCGGUGUCCCCAUUUGCCUGCGAUGCCUAAGAAGCUUGCUUUAUAUUAUAAUAUACGUGUUUUGACAACCACAAGGCAAGGCAGCAGAAGAAAGAAGACUCAUUCCAAAGUCCUUUUUAGAAACACUUAAUUAGUCUAGGCUGAAAAGAGAAAGAUAAGACCGACAAUAUAGUAGUUGUUAUGCUGGUUUCCUUCUCAAAGGAGCAAAAGCACUUGUCCUUCUUAAAUCCCAAUACUCCUUUUUCCACAAGUAGAUUUGGUCGUUCACGUUUUGCUUAUGGGCCUUGACUCUUGUUGGGGCAAACCCUACCCACCUAGCACCUACCUAUUAUUAUUAGUUUAUGUCUACUUCCUCACACUUUCAUUUCAUGUGCUCUUCCAAUGUGAACUCGGGACUUUCCCUUUUUUUAUUUGUAAUUCUAAGGUUAUUUUAUUAGUAUUAUUAGUCACGUGUUGUAUACUCUAACCUACCUUCCAUUUGCAAACCCAAUUUGAUAUA